AUGGCAUACAAAGGUCGACCCGUUCGCAUUGCAGGUGCCUCGGGCUCUGCCUCAGACCGGCGGCAAGCUAUCGCUGAUUUUGCACGUCACCACCCGACCGAUCCUAUCGAUGUCAUCAUUGCCGAUUUCAUGAGCGAGUUCAACAUGGCCACUGCCGCCGGUCGGCGUGUGGACCAGACGACUUCCCGAGUACCAACAGCCCCGGCCUACGAGCCCUCUUUUCUAGAAGCACUUGAGCCGGCUCUGGAUGAUCUGGCCAAGUAUGGAAUCAAGCUCGCGGUCAAUGCUGGAGUGACUGACACCAAGGGUCUCUACGAGGUGGUGCUGCGUAUGGUUGAGGCAAAGAAUCUGGACUUGAAGGUUGCAUGGGUUUCCGGAGAUGAAGUACUAUCUACCGUCCAGAAGGAAUUGGCUUCCGGGUCUGAAUUUCGCAACGUCUACACAGGCGAUCGGUUGGCAGAUUGGCCAUUCGAGCCAAUAUAUGCCCAGUGCUAUCUUGGCGGCCUCGGGAUCGCGGGUGCACUCGCAGGUGGUGCGGACAUUGUAUUAUGUGGGCGGGUCUCGGAUGCUUCACCUGUUAUCGGAGCUGCUUACUGGUAUCAUGGCUGGCAGCGUGACGAGCUUGACAAACUGGCGAAUGCGUUCGUGGCAGGCCAUCUGAUUGAGUGUAGCAAUUAUGUCUGCGGUGGCAAUUUCACAGGCUUCAAAGCCUUAGAAUACGCAGACGGGGAUGGCUGGACCAAUAUCGGAUAUCCCAUCGCCGAGAUAUCUGCCGAAGGUGACGUUGUGAUCACCAAGCAGGCGCAUGCCACCGGUGGUGCGGUAACCGUCGAUACUUGUACAUCCCAAUUGCUCUAUGAGAUACAAGGACCUUGGUACUACAACUCUGAUGUCACUGCGGUCCUCGAUAAUAUACGCUUUUUGCAGUGCGGCGUCAAUCGUGUCGCUGUUCAUGGGGUCCAUUGCGGCCCUCCUCCGCCCACCACCAAGGUUGGCAUCACUGCGCGAGGAGGGUUCCAGGCUGAGGUAUGGUGGUUUCUCACCGGUCUGGAUAUCGAAGCCAAAGCUCGCAUGCUGGAGGCACAAGUCCGGCACUUGUUGUCACCCUAUUCGGGCAGAUAUACGUCACUCAAUUUCGAUUUACUGGGCUCUUCCCUCUCCGACCCACCCAACCAGAACCGCGCUACCGUGCCGUUGCGCAUCGUCGCACAGGCACGACAUGCAGAGGACCUUGCACCGACACGCUUCCUCAAACAUAUCACCGAUAACAUCAUGCAGGGCUAUCCUGGUGCUACCUUUCACUUAGAUAUGCGCCAAGGAUUCCCACGUGCCAUUUUCGAGUACUAUGUCACCUUGCUGCCACAAUCAGCAGUCCAACACCGCGUCCAUAUGCCCUGGAAGCCGACGGUAUCUGCGCAGACCCUGGAUAUUUCGCCUCCGGCAAACACUAGGAUAUAUCCAUCACGCCAACCCUCGCAGCCGACCGCGCGCACCGACAGACCCGUCGACCUUGCCCGAGACUUUGAGCCGACGAGUCGCGGCCCGCUAGGCUGGAUCGUUCAUGCACGCUCUGGAGAUAAGGGUACCGACGCUAACUGCGGCUUCUGGGUGCGUCACAGUGACGAAUACGAAUGGCUGCAGGCGUUGCUGUCUGUUGAUAAGGUGCAAGAGCUGUUAGGAGAGACUGCCCGCGAGAACACGAACUUGGAGAUUGAGCGCUUCGAGCUACCUCGUCUUCAUGCCGUGCAUUUCCUGUUUCGCAAUCUACUAGACCGGGGCGUUGGUGUGACCACCACCGUCGAUUUCCUGGGAAAGAAUGUGGCGGAAUAUCUGCGGGCUAGGCAUAUUGAUCUCCCUGUGCGAUUCUUGAACCGGGGAAAGCUAUAG